GCAACCUUGCUUUUCCACACGAGGUAUCGCGCGAAAGCAGUGUUCUUGAGUUUUGCCUCUAUUGUUCAUCGACAGUGGGAAUGUGAACGCAAAAGCUACUUGCUUUUUACUAAAGUUGAUACCAGUCGUCGUAGAUACAUCGGAGGACAGAUAUUGUCGUUAAAGAGUAAAGGGGAUUUGUUCAAUGACAUCAGCCAAUUUACGCCGGUAACAAAUGGGAUAGGAGAAUGAAUAGGCUGGAGCUGUCCCGGUAACUACGAGAUUGAUUAUAAUUGACUUUUCAAGGACACCAUUCGAUGAAGAAAAAUAGACGGUUAUUCUCAAAAUACGGAAAUAUAAGCGAUUGAGUCACAAAACGAGGACACUUGACUUCGCUCGGUGACAUUUCACUGCUUACCAAGGAUCUAUCAUAAUAUUCAAAAUGGCAUCUGAUCCAGUGACACAAAUGAACAAAUAUCGUUCAUACGUGACUAUGCUGGGUGAUCCAGUUUCAAAGGACGAGCUAAAACUGAAGGCAGCCCAAGAAUUAUCAGAAAAUUUUGAGAUCAUUAUGUGUUCGACGCAAUAUCCGGCAUUUCUCGAUCAUAUGAUGAAAAUCUUUCUAAAGAUAUUGCAAGAAGGAGAGCCACAUUUCAUAUCGGAAUACAAUAUUCAACAAGUCAGAAAGUUGAUUCUAGAAAUGAUACACAGAUUACCGAGUAAUGAAUACUUACGUCCAUAUGUCAGGCAAAUCUUGACUCUCAUGUCCAAAUUGUUAGAAACAGAUAAUGAAGAAAAUGUUUUAGUAUGUUUACGUAUCAUUAUUGAACUUCAUAAACAAUAUAAGCCGACAUUUAAUCCAGAAAUACAAUAUUUUUUGCAAUUUGUUAAGUCUGUGUAUAGUGAAUUACCAAAGAAUUUAUCAAAAAUAUUUGAACCACGUCCUGCUCUACGAGUGAAAGAUUUGUCAGAGAUCAACAUAGAAGCUCUUUUGAAAGAAACUUUCACAAUUACAGCGAUCCAAAGUGAAAAGAAAGCAGCCGAUGGUACUAUCGUGACAUACAAUUUGAUCCCGAAAGCAGUGUUAUCCCUCAAAGUGCUUCAAGAAUUGCCGAUAAUUGUGGUGUUAAUGAAUCAAUUAUAUAAACAGAAUGUGCAUCAGGACGUAUCGGAUUUUGUCCCAAUCGUGAUAACAACUAUAUCGCUUCAGCCGAGUCCUCAACAUCGAGCAUCUCCUGGAUUUAAUAAGGAGGUUUUUGUAGAUUUCAUGGGUGCUCAAGUUAAGACAUUAUCGUUUCUUGCAUAUGUCAUAAGAGUGUAUCAGGACGUAAUAUCUCAAAAUAGCUCGAUGUUGGUCAAAGGCAUUCUAGGUUUGUUUACUCUCUGUCCCAUGGAAGUAGCGCACUUGCGCAAAGAAUUAGUGAUCGCAUCUCGUCAUAUCCUAGCAACAGAGUUACGAAAUCAAUUUAUCCCGCACAUGGAAAUCUUCUUCAACGAAGAUAUUUUCAUCGGUCAUGGUUGGACGGCACAUGAGGCUCUAAGACCAUUAGCUUAUUCUACGCUUGCUGAUUUAGUUCAUCAUGUUAGAUUACAAUUACCUCUCAGUGAUGUGUCUAGAGCAGUACAUCUGUACGGCAAGAAUCUUCUUGAUCAGACUUUGCCUACGGCAGUUCAAAUGGUAUCUUGCAAACUAUUGAUGAAUCUAGUAGACACAGUUAGACAGAGAUCAGAUGCAGAAAACAGUACUCAAGGACGAGAAUUAUUAAUGCGUAUACUGUUGGUAUUUGUUUUGAAAUUUAAGACCAUUGCUAAGAUCUACAUUCCGAUUCUACGAAAUAAAGCGAAACAGUUACGGCCUGCUCCAGUAGAUAAUACAGCUGAGGAUGCAGCAAAACCAUGUAUCGAUGUGAACGAAGAAAAAGAGCCACCAAAAUCAAAGUUUGGUUUUCCGACUUCACAGGCGAUGAGUUAUAAUGUAGCGGACUAUAGAAAUCUCGUGAAAAGUCUCGUGCAUGGUGCCAAAGCUAUAACAUCUAAUUGCAUCAGUAGAACGAGUGACGUAACUCAUCAGCCCAAUCAACUUCAACCGAAAGAGACUUUGAUUUACAUACAGCUCGUUAAAUGGGCAUUACCAGCUUUAGAUAUCUACACGAUAGGUCCACCCGUAAUCGGUCCAGCUGUACAACCAGGUAGACCGGGACAAUCUCAAAUACGAACAAGAGAGGAAAAAGAGGUGUUGGAGCUCUUCGGUAACGUGUUCACGCAAAUGAGUCCUCAAACAUUUCAAGAGAUAUUUUCUAUGACUAUAGACUACAUAGUCGAGAGAAUCUUCAAGAAUUGUGCUUUGCAAAUAAUCGGAAGUGCCUUUUUAUCCAGUCAUACAAUCUCAUCGACCUUUGCUACUAUAUUGGUGGAAUAUUUAUUAGAGCGAAUGAGCGAUAUGGGUUCCAAUGUGGAACGUAGUAACUUGUACUUAAGAUUGUUUAAACUCGUUUUUGGGAGUGUUUCGCUUUUUCCAUCCGAAAACGAGCAAAUGCUACGACCACACUUAAAUUUAAUCGUUAAUCGCGCUAUGGAACUCGCCAUGUCGGCAAAAGAACCAUACAAUUAUUUUUUAUUGUUGCGCGCAUUAUUUAGAUCUAUUGGCGGCGGAUCUCACGAUUUAUUAUAUCAAGAAUUUUUACCAUUACUUCCUAAUAUGUUAGAAGGACUAAACAGAUUGCAAUCUGGUCUACACCGACAGCAUAUGAAAGAUCUCUUUGUAGAAUUAUGUUUAACUGUACCAGUGCGUCUCAGUUCGCUUCUCCCAUAUCUUCCGAUGUUAAUGGACCCUCUUGUUUCGGCUCUCAAUGGAAGUUAUUGUUUGGUAAGCCAAGGUCUUCGUACUCUGGAGCUCUGUGUCGAUAAUUUACAGCCUGAUUUUUUAUAUGAGCACAUACAACCAAUCCGUGCGGAAUUGAUGCAAGCUUUAUGGAGAACGUUGCAAAAUUCUACCGAUCAAGCUCACGUAGCCUUUCGAGUUCUUGGAAAAUUUGGCGGUGGAAAUCGGAGAAUGAUGAUCGAGCCUCAGAAGUUAGAAUAUAAUGAUCGCGAAACUAGUUCGCCUAACGUGAUAGUUUACUUCGAGGGAGCUUCUCAACCCAUCGAUUUCCCGAUGGAAAAAGUGAUCGAAGCUGCAUAUAAUGCAUUGAAAUCCAGUACAGAUCUGUUUUACCGAAAACAAUCCUGGGAAGUCAUAUACUGCUAUUUAGCAGCAUCUUUAAGAUUGGACGACACUGCUCAUCUAUGGCACAAAUUGUUUGCGCAUCCAAGUUUUAAAGAGGGCGAAAUACCGCAUCAACAGGAGCCUUAUUAUAAGUGCCCCGAUAUCGUAGCGCGAAACGUUCAACAAACUGCGCUGACCGGUAUGUUUAUCGCUGCGGAGAUCAAGGAUUUACGACCGUCAGUACUCGGUACUGUCGUUUCUGUUGUAAGACACUACACCAUGAUUGCCAUAGCGCAACAAGCAGGUCUCUUCAAUUGGACGGAACGAGAAGUUCGUAAAGAUACGCAAGGACAGGACCCACUUGUGCUAAUCGACGCUCUUGCUGUUAUAAUGGCUCACGAUGAGAAAGAAUUAUAUAAAGCGGGAUAUCUGACACUUGUGUUAAUAUUAGAAACGGCGACGAAUAUUCUAGGUUCCAAAGAACGGGCCUGCCAAUUGCCUCUCAUGGAAUAUCUGGCAGAGAAAAUGUGCUCGUUGUGUUACGAGCGCGCCUGGUAUGCCAAAUUUGGCGGUUGCAUAGCGAUCAAAUUUCUGUUUGAGCGAAUGGCCACUAAAUGGGUUCUUAAUCAUUUAUUUGUUUUUCUCAAGGCUCUCGUAUUCGUGAUGAUGGAUCUAACCGAUGAGGUUUCUAAUGGUGCUAUUGACAUGGCAAAGGACAAUUUGGAAAAGAUGCUGCGAGUUUGUGUUAAUCCUGGUAUUCAAGAAGGCAACGCAGAAUUAAUAGAAGCACAAAAUAAGAGCUUAUAUGAAGUCACCCGCGAGUUAGUCAAACAGGUAACGUCACCGCACACGAUUGUCCGAGAACAAGCCAUGGCCUCGUUGCGUCAGUUGGCCGAAAUACAAAAUAAAUCGGUAACAGAAGUAAUGGAACCACACAAGGAAGUUUUAGCAGAUAUGAUGCCGCCCAAGAAGCAUCUUUUAAAACAUCAACCUGCUAAUGCACAAAUUGGCUUAAUGGAUGGUAAUACAUUUUGUACUACUUUGAAUCCACGUCUUUUCACCAUCGAUUUGAGUAUAUUUGAGCACAAGGUGUUUUUUAAUGAACUGUUAAAUCUUUGCGAAUCAGAUGAAGCUAAUUUCAGUAAAUUAGCUUGUUACAAAUCAAUUUCAAAUCUGAUGCCCCUGCGGAAAUCUGCAUUGCGAGCGCUCGCGGCCUGUCAUUACAUCGUUGGUUGUCGGGAGAGAAUAUUCUCUGUUCUUUAUAAAACUCUAGAAAAAUCCAACGCCGAACUGCAGGAGGCGGCUUAUGAAUGUAUGAAAAUGUUCAUUGCCGGUUUUCAGAUCGAUAUGGAAUCAGUUCACGCAAUAAUGCGACCAAUGCUGUUAACACUAGGUGAUCACAGGAAUCUCAGCUUAAAUUGUGUUAGAAGAUUAUUAUAUUUAACGCAACUGUUUCCGAGUACCUUUAGCGUUACCUUAUGUGAACAACUAUUGGCACAUUUGAAGAAAUUGCUGGAAAAUCUGAUUCAAUCCCAGAAGAAUACGUCAAAACCCACGGGUAUAUCAAAAUCCGGAGAAAACGAGCAAAAGAUCACCACAAUUAUAGGAAUAUUUCAUGAAGUCCCAACGGCAUCUCCCAAAUUCAUCGACGUGCUUUGUAAACUUGUGCUGCAAACUGAGAAAUCAUUACUAGUCGAGGUAUCCAGUCCUUUCAGGGUACCUUUGAUGAAAUUCCUUUUACGUUAUCCGACAGAAACGUUAAAUCUGUUCUUACAUGAUAACAAUAUCAAGGACCAACAGUGGAGCAGGUAUCUGGAAUAUCUUAUUAGACACAAGGAUGCUAAACCGUUUCGUGAUAUUUUACACAACAGUACAUCGCGACUCGUCACAAUGUUACUCGCACAUUCGCAAACGAAUUCUAACUUGACUCACAUGGAAAAAAGCGAAUUGCAAUAUCGAGCGAUUAAAAUCAUCGGCAUACUUAUCAAAUUCGACGAACAGUGGCUAUCUACACAGAAUCAAUUGGUGGGAGCAUUAAAACAGAUUUGGUGCAAUGACGAUUAUCAGGCAUUACACAAGAAAGUCGAGAGCGUCGAAUACUGUCACUGGAAGGAGCCGAAGCAUAUCGUUAAAAUUUUAUUGCAUUAUUUCCGACAUCAACCAAAUGAUAUUGAUUUGCUAUUCCAAUUGCUACGAGCCACUUGCACCCGUUUCGUACCUGAUUUUCAAUUUCUCAGAGAUUUUCUAGAAAAUACGGUAGCACAAGAAUAUACAGUCGAAUGGAAGCGAAGUGCUUUCUUCCGUUUCGUUGAACACUUCCCUACGAAUAAUAUGUCGCAAGAAUUGAAAGCCAAUGUUUUGCAGCUGAUCAUUAUUCCGUGUUUUGCGAUAAGCUUUGAAAGAGGCGAGGGCACUAAACUAGUCGGAGGUGCACCUAUGCCUUAUCAAGACAAUCCGGAAAAUGUAGUAUCGGUAUUUAUCAGCAAGAUCAUCGAUCCAGACAAUCCGUUCGGUUCUGCUGAUUGUGUCCGCAUUUCUUUAUUGCAAUUCUCUUGUCUUUUAGUAGAGCAAGCAUCGCAACACAUUCACGAUGUGACCAAUAAGAGGCAAGGUAAUAAGUUACGUCGUUUGAUGACAUUUGCCUGGCCUUGCUUGUUAGGCAAGAAUUGCGUAGAUCCGACAACUAGAUAUCAUGGUCAUCUUCUUCUUAGUCACAUAAUAGCUAAAUUUGCUAUCCAUAAGCGCAUAGUCUUGCAAGUGUUUCAUAGUUUAUUGAAAGCGCAUGCCGUUGACGCGCGUAACGUUGUGCGACAGGCGCUAGAAAUAUUAACACCAGCAAUGCCUGUGCGGAUGGAGGACGGUAAUACUAUGUUGACACACUGGACGAAGAAGAUUAUCGUGGAAGAAGGGCACUCCAUGCAACAAUUAUUCCAUAUUUUACAGUUAGUCGUGAGACAUUAUAAAGUUUAUUAUCCAGUCAGGCAUCAUUUGGUUCAACAUAUAGUGAAUUCGAUUCAACGUAUGGGAUUCAGUCCCACUGCCACGAUCGAACAUAGGAGAUUAGCCGUUGAGCUUGCAGAGGUUAUUAUAAAAUGGGAAUUGUAUAGAAUCAAGGAAGAAGCUGAGGCUGCGGAAUCAAAUAGUAAUAAAGUGAUCGUGCAAUCAUCGGGUUUAAAUAAACGGCCGAUCACCGAAGACCCGUCAGGAAAGCGCAUGAGCUCUCAGACAACACCAUCCGGUAACAGUCCUGUACCUCUCAUUUUACCCAGAAUGGAACCAGGAUCCGUAAAACCUAUCGAGAGGGCUCAUGCUGACGCGGUUCUAAAUUUUCUGCUUCGCUUGGCGUGUCAAGUAAACGAUGUAACGACGAUUCAUGGUAAUCCAGGCGAGCAACUUUCUAGACGCUGCGUUUCUCUAUUAAAAAUGGCUCUGAAACCUGAUGUAUGGGUCGCCGAACAAUGCGAUCUCAAACUAGCUUGGCUCGAUAAGGUUCUCGCUAGUGUAGACAGCAAUCAACCCAACUAUGGUAAUAUCAGCACAGCAUUGGAAGUACUGACAUUUUUGUUAGGUGUGAUGAAGCGUGACCAAAUACUUGCAAGCUUUAAACCAUUGCAACGCGGGAUAGGUGCUUGCAUUGCCAACAACAAUACUAAAAUCAUACGUUUGGUGCAUGGCUUGCUUUCACGACUGAUGACAAUUUUUCCGGCUGAAUCGACUUCCUCGAACGUAUCUUCUAAAUACGAGGAGUUGGACACACUAUAUUCAACCGUAGGUAGAUUUAUAACGGAAGGACUGGCCACUUAUGAAAAGACUCCGACAGCCGUACCUAGUUCGCUAUUUGGCACGCUCAUGAUGCUUAAAGCUGCCUGCACAAAUAAUCCUAAUUACAUUGAUCGAAUGAUAACGCCGUUUAUGAAAGUAUUACACAGAAUGACCAAGGAGCACUUACAUACACAGCAAAAUGAAGCCAAUCCCGUAACAAGCGAAUUACUGAUUCUCAGUCUUGAUUUAGUGAAAAAUCGAGUGGGAGUAAUGGGCGUCGAUAUGCGUAAGUCGUUUAUAGGCACAAUUCUAGUCGGUUUGAUUGAAAAGACGCAAGACGCCAAGGUAAUGAAAGCUAUUACGAAGAUAUUGGAGGAAUGGAUGAAAAAUAAGACCACCAUUGCGAUCAAUCAGGCGCCCAGUUUACGCGAAAAAUCUAUAUUAUUGAUAAAAAUGAUGCAGUAUGUCGAGAAAUGCUUUCCCGAAGAUUCAGAAUUGAAUAAACAGUUCUUGGAACUAAUUAAUUAUGUUUAUCGCGAUGAGAGCUUGAAAUUAACAGAAUUAACGUCAAAAUUGGAAUCGGCCUUUCUGGCCGGUCUACGCUGCGGGCAACCACAAGUAAGGGCGAAAUUCUUCGAGGUGUUUGAUGGAUCGAUGAAGAAACUUUUACCUGAUCGUAUCUUAUACAUCAUCGUCAGCCAGAACUGGGAAAAUAUAGGACCCCAUUAUUGGAUCAAACAAUGCAUCGAGCUGCUACUGGCCACUGUCAAUCCGGCGACUCAAGUACAAAUGACCAAUGAGGACCUUUUGCUGCCCAGCAUUACGUCCAUCAUGCACGGAGGUAUGGAAAAAGAUAGCGAGGAACAAACGCUCUUUGUCUGUCAGCUCGAUCAGGCUGGUGAAGAAUCGCAAGACAUUGAAAUGACCGACAAAGACAUCAAAGAAAUAUUCCUUGAAAUGGAUGCUUGGAUGUCUAAUUUGUCCGUCUCGGAAUCUGCGAAUAGUGCCACUGCUGCCGCCGAGGAAAUCACCGAAAAACUCGAUCUUUUAGAAAUGAUUACCAAGCAAAUACGUUUUAUGGAGAAUGCAAAGAAGAUUAGAACGGAACAGUUGCUGCUGGCGACCGCGCAGCUAUGUCACAUGGACACGAGUCUAGCGGAACGCGUUUGGUUAGACAUGUUUCCACGAAUAUGGAAUAUCCUGGAUGAGGUUUAUCUUAAAGCCGUGAUGGCGGAGGUACCGCCGUUUGUCGCUAGCGGAGCGCAUGUCAUUCAAAAGGACUGCCAUCCGAGUGCGCUCGGCACCUUCUUAGAGGCACUAGCGCACUGCGAUCCACCAGUGGCUAUAGCACCACCGGUAAUGAAAUAUCUAGGCAAAUCGCACAAUGUUUGGCACCGAAUAACAUUGAGUUUAGAGCAGAUGGCCUCCGAAAUGGCAACAGAUAUUAAUUUAGUCGGUAAUCAAAUGAAGAUCAAAUGCGAACCCGAUUCGUGUCGCGUACCCGACGAAAUCGAACAGACCGAAUAUCUUGGCCCUUAUUAUGAAGUAGUAGAUAUGCUUUCGUUAAUGUAUUCGUUGCUCUGCGAAGAAGAUAUGUGGUCGGGUCUUUGGCAAAAGAGACCAGCGCACUAUAAGGAAACCCUGCAUGCAAUUGCGCUGGAACAACAAGGAUUCUUCGAACAGGCUCAAGGAGCAUACGAAGUGUGCAUGAGCAAAUACCGGCAGGACUUUGCGACAGGCUCUGCACCCUAUCUUCUCAAUCAGGAGGUACUUCUCUGGGAAAGUCAUUGGGAACGCACCGCGAAAGAAUUGAAUCAGUGGGAGAUUUUGUUAGAAUUGGGUAGUAACGGUUAUAAGAAUCCCUUCCUCGUUCUAGAGAGUGCAUGGCGUAUUCCCAAUUGGCCCGUAAUGAAGGAGAUUCUUACGCAAGUGGAGCAUAAUUGCCCAAAAGAAAUGUCCUGGAAGAUUAAUUUGUAUCGUGGAUUCUUAACUUUAUGCAACAGCGAGGAACAGCAUCUUAGUAUUGUGGAGCGUUAUGUUGAAUCAGCAUCAAAUUCCUGUAUGCGCGAAUGGCGUCGACUUCCUCACAUUGUUAGCCAUGUCCAUCAACCGCUGCUGCAAGCGGCUCAACAAAUAAUGGAACUCCAGGAAGCGAUGCAAAUCCAUCAAGGACUUUUACAUGGCAGGAAUACUUCGCUACACGAUAUGAAAGCCAUUGUUAAGACUUGGCGAAAUCGAUUACCUGUGAUAGCUGAUGAUCUCAGUCACUGGUCAGAUAUUUUUACAUGGCGACAACAUCAUUACACCUUUAUUUCCAAUCACUAUGAUACUCAACAGGAUCAAACUACCAAUCAUUCAUUACUUGGCGUGCACGCCUCUAUGCAAGCUAUUAUUCACUUUGGUAAAAUUGCAAGAAAACAAAAUCUUUAUGGCGUAUGUUUGGAUUCAUUGGCAAAGAUCUAUUCAACGCCUACAAGUGUACCUAUGAUAGAUUGUUUCCAAAAAAUUCGACAACAGGUGAAAUGUUAUCUGCAGAUGGCCACCAUGGGUGGACAGACCGAGUUGCAAGAGGGUUUAGAUAUGCUCGAAUCGACGAAUAUGAGCUUCUUUACUAAAGAAAUGAUUGCAGAAUUGUGUGCAUGGAAAGGUUUACUGCAGUCACAACUCGGCCGCUCAGAUGAGGCUAACAAAAACUUUUCCGCGGCAGUUCAAUUGCAUGACACUCUAGUCAAAGCAUGGUCCUUAUGGGGCGAUUAUCUCGAACAUAUUUUCAUACGUGACGCACGUCAAAUAAGCAUUGGUAUAAGUGCACUUGUUUGCUAUCUGCAUGCUUGCCGUCAUCAAAAUGAAUCUAAAUCCAGGAAGUAUAUUGCUAAAAUUCUUUGGCUACUCACAUAUGAUGACGACAAAUCGUCUUUAAUGGAGACCGUAGAUAAGUAUGCUGUUGGUGUGCCAGCAAUACAAUGGUUACCUUGGGUACCGCAACUAAUGAUGUAUUUGGUGCGUCACGAGGAUAAUAUAAUAUUAAAUUUGCUAAGUCAAGUAGGUCGCAUGUUUCCGCAAGCGGUCUAUUUUUCUAUAAGGACGCUCUAUUUGACACUGAAGAUAGAACAGAGAGAGAGAUAUAAGAGUGGUGAACUGGCAGCAGGAAAGAGCCAAGAUGGCGUGGAAGAUCGAGGUCUUUCUGCAGGUAAUGUACCACCGCAACAAGGAGUUUCUGUGGAAACAAGUCAUAUCACAGCACCUAUGGCCCGGGCUACUCCACCCAUGUGGAGAUGUUCAAAGAUUAUGCAUUUGCAAAGAGAUAUACAUCCAACUGUUCUAUCUAGUUUGGAGGGUAUAGUUGAUCAGAUGGUAUGGUUCCGUGAAACAUGGUAUGAAGAAGUUUUAAGACAAUUGAGGCAAGGUCUCGCAAAAUGUUACGCUAUAGCAUUCGAGAACCGUGGAGCUGUUAGUGAAGCGACAAUAACUCCGCAUACUCUCAACUUUGUAAAGAAACUUGUAUCGACUUUUGGUAUUGGAAUUGAAAAUAUCUCGUCCUCGCAAAAUAUGAGCAAUUCGUUUAGUUCGGCAGGAUCAGAAUCUUUGGCACGUAGAGCCGAAGCGACUGUACAAGAUCCCGUUUUUCACGAGAUGAAAGGUCAAUUUACUAGUGACUUUGACUUUAGCGUACCUGGUGCCAGGUUACUACAUAAUCUCAUCAGCAAAUUAAAGAAGUGGAUAAAGAUUCUCGAAGAAAAAACGAAGCAAUUGCCAAAGUCUUUCUUAAUUGAAGAAAAAUGUCGUUUCUUGAGUAAUUUUAGCUUGAAAACUGCGGAAGUUGAGUUGCCUGGUGAAUUUUUAAUACCUAGGCAUUCACAUUAUUCGGUAAAGAUAGCUAGAUUUAUGCCACGUGUCGAAGUCGUUCAACGACACAACACAGCCGCUAGGAGAUUACGGAUUCGAGGUCAUAACGGUCGACUUUACCCUUAUUUAGUAGUGAACGAUGCCGGUUUAGGAGACGCCAGGCGCGAAGAACGCCUGUUACAACUACUGCGAAUGUUGAAUCAUUAUUUGACCAAACAGAAAGAAACAUCGCGAAGAUUCUUACACUUCACAGUACCACGGCUUGUUGCCGUUUCACCUCAAAUGAGACUCGUUGAAGACAAUCCGGCAGCCAUUUCUCUUUUGGACAUUUACAAACAAAGCUGUGCUAAGCUGGGAAUGGAGCACGAUGCGCCCAUCGCUAGAUAUUAUGAGAAAUUAGCCGCCGUACAAGCACGAGGCACGCAAGCCAGUCAUCAAGUCCUGCGAGAUAUUCUGAAAGAAGUGCAAUCUUCAAUGGUUGCGAAAACUAUGCUCAAAGAUUGGGCCAUAAAGACAUUCCCUGGCGCCACCGAUUAUUGGACAUUUAGAAAAAUGUUCACGUUACAAUUAUCUCUGACUUGCUUUGCCGAGUACGUGCUUCACUUAACGCGGCUUAAUCCCGAUAUGAUGUACGUGCAUCAGGAUUCCGGUCUGAUAAAUAUUGCAUAUUUCAAGUUUGACAUUGACGACACUUCCGGAGAGUUAGAUGCGAACAGACCGGUACCCUUUCGCCUGACACCCAAUAUCCUCGAAUUUCUUACGACUACAGGAAUUUGCGGACCAUUGACUGCCAGCGCAAUUGCUACAGCGCGUUGUUUGGUUCAGCCCACGUUCCAACUGCAAGCGAUACUUCGAGCGAUUUUGCGAGACGAGGUGAUCGCGGAUCAUAAACAGCAGGAGGAUGCCGAGGGUACGUCACAAGCACCGACCGAUUUGAAGGGCGAGCUUUUGAUAACAAUGGUGACCCGUGCAGUUACUGCGAUCGUCACAAGACUGAAUUCCCUCGCAAAUUUCGAUGGUAUCGACAGUAAAGUCAGUACGUUAGUUGCUGCCGCCAAUAGUCACGAUAAUCUUUGCAGAAUGGAUCCCUCAUGGCAUCCUUGGUUAUAAAAUCGAGUACGUCCGACCUUAAAAGAAUUCGUACUGCCAAUGAGUAAAAAGAAACGAUUGUUGUCACUUUUGUUUUAUUUUUUAAUUAUUUCACAAUACUAUCCUUCGCUUCUGAAUUGAAAAGUUAUUACAAAAUGGGGGAAAAAUAAAGAUACAAUUGAAGAUAAAAAAUAUUAUUUAUAGUUAAUAUAUACAUAUAUAUAUGUAUUAUUGGAUGACAUGUACAGCAUGAUAAGACAAAACUGUAAAUUGCAAAUUUUAUAUACUUCAAUAAUCUCUUCUUAGCGUGUAUAUUUAUUACAUUAUCCAUGGAUCCGUUUUUUUAGAGGUAUAAUAUUUCAGUGUAAUAUAAAAUCUUUUUUCCAAUUUCUUUUUAGCAUAUUGUAUAAGCUUUAUAUUUUAAAUAAUAAUUUGUA